CAUCCCCAGCCUCUAGGCAAAAGGCAUGCCACGGUCUGGUCGUCGUAAUGUUAUAUUGCCUCUUGGCACUCUCCCAAACGAGAGAAACCAGGCUCUUCAUGCUACAACCAAGGCAAAACACUGCCUCAACACGAGAUACCAGGGCCCCCGUCGCUAGUCAAACGCGUCGGCUAGAUGUUGAACACGCUUUAGCGAAGCUUACUCGUAUUGAAAAGCCCUUGAUGAGCCUCCCGGCCCACGAGGGUUACUAAAACCUCGCGGGACUGCGCUCCGGCGCAUCCCCAUCCGCUAGGCCACAUGACGAUGCCUCGGUUUUCGACAUAGACACGCCGGGUGCGGAUGGGUGUGCUCCACCUGCGGAGCCCAUCCGCAUCCAG